AUGGCAGAAUCUGACACAUUGUCUGAUAGCAAGGACAUUGCGAGGAAAUCACCAUCACAGCAACAGCAGCAGCAGCAGCAGCAGCAGCAGCAAGAAAUCACUAUUCCACAAAUCAUAUUGACUGAACCGCCUACUCAACAUUCUGAUGCAAAUACCAUCAAUACCAGCACAUCGCCACACGCUCUCUCUCCUAAAUCAGUGCCUCAUAAGCCAUCACCUCCAGCUUCUUCUACUGUGAUAUCAUCCUCUCCAUUGCCAUCCCCUUUACCAUUGACAAAGGAUUUGCUGCAGAGAAAGAACAAGAUGGAUAGAUUGCUAUCUCAAAAGGAGAAGCAUCGCUAUCAUCGUCAACAGCAACAGCAACGUUCAGCCGAUUUCAAUAGUAGUAGUGCCGUUGACGAACGAGUGACAGCAGGACUGGGUAUAUCCACUCCUCACAAUGAUCAUGGUUCUUCGUCGUCAAUGGCUGCUGGUGCUACAACAAUAUCAGGCCUGCGAUCCCGUCGCUUCAGUUCAUCUCGUUUAUCUUCCUCCAACCGAAGUGAACCCGAAAAAGCCAUGUUUAGUCCAUCAUCCCUUGGCCAUCAAAGUGAAUGGAGCUAUGAUUUGGAUGCAUUCAAGUCGAGCACGUCUGGAUCUUCCAAGGGACAUCAUCCUCAUCAUCACCAUCAUCAGCAUGCCAGUAGCUAUCACCAUGCAACAUCUGGCACUUCAGUCAGUGGAUCAUCCAAUCGAAACAGCGUAUCCAUGAGAGCAUACAGUGCCAAUCAUCGCUAUAUGGAUCGACAUCACGGACAGCAUGGCCAUACCCCUUAUUUUGAAAGGCCAGAUCAGCAUUUGAAUCGACAUGAUGAAUACAAAAGCAAAUACUUUUUAUUGGAUUUACUGAUCCAUGCUGUCAAUCGAGUUGUGAAUUCAAGGGCACCUGAAUCCAAGCAAGUGUCUGAUAAAGAGAUAUUUGAUUUUGAUACAAGCACAACAGCAGCAACAGCAGGCCUUCGUGAUACCCCUAGUCCACUUCCACUGAACGAAAAGUCCAUGGAACUAGCAUCACCUCACAUUAUGACACCUGCAACAGCCAACACGGCGACUAACACAACAACAAAUAGAAAUAAUAGAUAUUCCUGGCUAUCCAUAGUCACUAGUUUAGACGAAAAGUCAUCCGAUUUUGACAACGAUUCCAUAUUCCCCAGCGAAAAGAAACUAGCAUCAGUGCAUACCAUCGCUCACGAUGCUCACCAGCAACUACAACCGCCACCACCACCGCCGCCAAUACAAAUGACAGCGAAAAAGCCAUUAUCACUGUCAGAUGAACUGCUGCCCAAUCCAUUGCAAGGUCAUUCGCUGUAUCUGUUUGGUCCUACCAACAGAUUUCGCAUCCAUGUUUGGAAAUUCAUACGUAAAAGCAUCGAGUCGAUUUGCAAAAUCAUUGCCUAUGGACUCAUUAUACCACCAAAACCACCCACACUAGCGUCACUGAAUCAACAGCAACAAGAAGAUCAGGAAGAGUUGGUCAAGAAUUGGAAGCGAAAUCAUCGCGCCUACCUCAACAGUUUUGGAAAUUGCUUUGAUACAGUGUCCAUUAUCAGCUAUUGGGCUGAUCUGAUCGUCAUGGUCUAUGAAUACCCUUAUUUAUCACUGUUCAAAUCAUUAGGAGCUAUACGUCCAAUUCGACUGUUAUCCAUGUUACGCGGCACAGCUGUCAUUUUGAAAUCAUUGGAAACAAGUUGGGAUAUUCUACUCGCUGUAUCUGGCCUCAUCUUUUUCUUUCUGCUGCUGUUUGCUCUUGUUGGGUUGAUUUCCUUCCAAGGUGUCUUCUCGAGACGGUGUUACUAUACAGCAGAGGACAACUCACUGCAACUCGUUGAGCCUGCACUGUAUUGCUCAGGUUAUAUGAAUAACACGGCGGUGGUAGGUGCUUAUAAUGUGGAAACAGGCGAAUCCAGCUACCCUGGGUAUCAUGGUUAUCUAUGUGCUGCUGGUCAGAUUUGCUUAGAGAAUCCUGUCAACAACCCCAACUACGGAUUCGUCAAUUUCGACACCAUUUUCUUUUCGUUUUUGAACGUAUAUACCUUUGUGUCUCUGGAGUUAUGGACGGAUCUGAUGUACCAGACGCAGGAGGCAGACUCGACUGUCGCUGCCUUAUAUUACUGCUUGGGCGUCUAUAUCAUAGCCUUUGUGCUUACAUUUCUUUUGUUUGCUGUUAUCACAUCUGCAUUUGCACGUGUUCGCGCUGAAAGUGCAGUGAGUGCAUUUACAGCAAAGAAAAAGGGAUACCCGGUUUUAAGGGAUGCAGAAGGACUGGAUGAUGAAGCCAUGUGGAUGUUUGAUAACCCACCUGACGACUUGGGAAAAGGUGUUACUCGACUCAAGCUGCGAUGGUGGAUUGUGAGGAUGGUCAAGAGUCGAGCCUUCUUUUACUUUGGUGGCUUUCUGGUCCUGUUUGAUCUCAUCUUUAUGUGUUUGCGAUCAUUUUACGCGAGCAAAGCAACAUUAGAAUUAGUGGACAAUGCUGAAACUGCAUUUACAUUUGUCUUUGCCCUAGAGAUUCUGCUUAGAAUGGUGGGAGCCACCAGCUGGAUGACCUUUUGGUCUGCCAAAACCAACUUGUUUGACUUGUUUCUAGUGAUCAGCACGUGUGUGAUUCAGUUACCCAUGAUCCAGGACUCUUGGGUGUACAAGUACUUGACCAUAUUUCAAAUAUUGCGGUUGUACCGACUCUUUAUAUGUAUCCCUCGCGUGAGACGUUUGCUAUCUGCUGCUUUAGGUACUGGUGAAAGUGUCAUUUACGUUAUGGUGUUCCUUAUUUUAGCUACCGCAUUGUGUUCCACUGUGUUCAUGCAAAUGUUUGGCGGUGAUUACACGGAUGUAACAACGCCAGAAGAUCCUGAAAACCGAUUUGACACUUUUUGGGAGUCGUUUGUGUCUCUGAUUGUCGUGUAUACCAGCGAGAGAUGGACGGAUGUGCUCUACGACGCCAUGGCCAGUCAACAUGGUCAAGGAUCCAUUUACGCGGCAGCAGCACUGUCGCUCUACUUUGCAUUUGGUCGAUACAUCAUGUCGGGCCUUUACAUUGCUGUUGUACUGGAGAAUUUUGAAUUAAGCGACGACUACAUCCGACACUACCAAAUCAAGGACUUUAUCCACCGUCAUCGCUUCAAAGAUAAGGACAGAACAGAGACCAUCCUUUUGAAAUUGUUUCGACCGUUUUACUAUUUCAAUGAAAACAAGAACGUUCAAAUAUCUGAACUACCAGCCAAUUUGACGGCACCCCUGACAAAAUCAGACUUGACAGAGUUGUUGACUGAUCUCCCAAAGAAGCGAAACGAAGAGCUAAAACAGCCAUCUUGGAUUGAAAGAAAGCUAACGAUAUUCUUUUCCAGUAUUCGACAGCGUAUUCCAUUCUUGCGAAAAAAGACCAGCAUCAAAUCUGCCCCCAUAAACCCUUUUAUGCAAGAUACAGAAGAUAUACCUGAAGAUUACGACAUGAUUGCCGCUGAAGAGAACCGAGAAGCUCAGAAAGAAGACACGCCUGUGGUAAAUUCGCUGUUUCUGUUCUCUAACAGAAGCAGAUUUCGAUACUAUUGCAAAAAAUUGGUUGGAUCCAGCAACGAUGGACAAGCAGAAAAGCACAACUUGUUCAAUUGGAUGGUCAUGGCAUGCGUGCUGGUCAGUAUUCUGAUGGUGAUUUUGGACGAGCCUUCCACACGUCUGAUCAGAAAGGAUACCUCGAGACAGGACAUUUACGACACGAUUGAAAUUGUGCUCAGUGUCGUCUUUAUCGUGGAAGUCAGUAUUCGUAUUGUGGCCGAUGGGUUUCUACUGACGCCCAAUGCCUACCUUCGCAACCACUGGAAUCAGCUGGAUCUGUGUGUCAUCCUGCUUAAUAUUGUUACCAUCUUUAUGAGCUCGGAAGAAGCUCCUCGUGGUCUCAGUACAUUUCGAAGUCUGCGUAUUCUUCGGCUGAUUCGAUACUUUAAUGGUGUGCGUGAUAUCUUUGUAGCGCUGUUCUACGCUUUUCCUCUCAUGUUUGAUGCCCUGAUAUUCACCUUUCUGGUGCUGGUUCCCUUUGCAGUGUACGGUGUCAACAUCUUUGGUGGUCUCAUGUGGAUGUGUAAUGAUGGAUCUGUAGGCUCAAGAGGUGAUUGCAUUGGUGAAUUUGAGCUGAAUGUGAGCAGUGAUGAUGGCACCGACGUCAAUAUCUGGAUCCCUCGUGUGUGGCAGAACCCUCAAAACGGCUUCAUAUCGUACGACAACUUUCCACUGGCGUUGCAGCAUCUGUUUUCUCUGACAUCGACCGAAGGCUGGGUCGACUCCAUGUUCAGUGCCAUGAGUACUCCGCAUGAACCUGAUGCGCAACCCUCAUUCAACUGGUACUCCAGCACCGUAUAUCAUGGCAUCUUUUACAUUAUCUUUAUGAUCUUUUCGCAAGGCACGAUGCAACUGUUUGUGGGUGUCAUCAUUGAAAAAUUCAAAGAAAGAAACGGCAUUACGACACUGACCACAGCUCAGCGAAAAUACAUGGAUUUGCAACGUCUGCUGUCCAGCGUCAAGCCCACAAUCAAGGUGUUUCGUCCAGAGUCGAAAUUGCGACGAAUCUGCUAUGACAUGGUAAUCCAAAAGCACGGCAAGUUUAACCGACUCAUGAUGUGUGUCAUCUGCUUGAAUAUUGUCGCCAUUGCGAGUGAGUUCCAGAAUGAACCUCACUGGUUGGAAGAGUUGCAAGAUUACUCGUAUUUAGGGUUUACUAUUAUCUACGUGGUUGAAUGUAUCAUCAAGUUGCUUGGUCUCGGUUGGAAAAAGUGGAUUCGCAGUAAAUGGAACUGGUUUGAUUGUAUCAUUGCCAGCUGUGCAUUGCUGCUGCUCAUUCUUCGAUUUGCUCUGCCUGAUUUAUGGACACUACGAGUGGAACGGUACUGUUUGGUUCUAGCUGCUUUCCGUCUCGGCGAGGGUAUUGAUUCGCUUCAGACGCUGUAUCAUACCAUUGCCAAAUCCAUGCCGUCUAUCAUUCAAGUGUCUGCUGUCUUUAUGGUAGCCAUGUGUCUGUUCGCUAUGCUCUUCAUGGAGUUCUUUGGCUUGACAAAGUAUGGUAUUUAUGGUACAUCUCAUGUCAACUUUCGAGAUUAUGGCAAUGCUUUGCUCUUACUUGUGCGUGCAACAACGGGCGAGGCUUGGAAUGCUAUUCUCGUUGACUAUACCGUCCAAUACCCCAAUUGCAACAGAUCAAGCAACUACCUUGAGGACGAUUGCGGCUCACCCUUUUGGGCCUACUUUUUGUUUGAUAUCUUUUACAUUGUUUGCACUCAUAUUUUCAUGAAUCUCUUUACUGCUGUUAUCAUCAGCAAUUUCGAGUAUGCUUAUGAAACCAGAACACGCUUUACCAACAUUACCAAAGCUGAUCUCCGCAUGUUCAAGCAUGCUUGGGCAGACAUUGACACCAAAGGCACAGGCUACAUUCAAAAGGAAGAUGUUGCCAAAUUACUGAGGAAGUUUACUGGCCGUUUCAGCUUUAGAAUCUAUGAUGAUCAGCACAAUGUGGAUAAUAUAAUACGACAUGGCUGUCAGAGUUUCGAUAAGCACCGUUCCAGCUAUACAAAAUCACCUAGUGCCAAGUCGCCUGGAAUAAAAUCACCUGGUAAAUCACCCAACAAAUCACCUAGUAAAUCAUCACCUGUAGUCAAAAGUGGCCAUAGUAGCCUACCUCCUGGAGAAUACGACAUCAAUGUACAGAAGAUCAACAGAUUGCUCGGUAAAAUGGAUGUGGAUCAAAUCAGAAAAAGAAGACUCGAGUACAACUUGUAUUACAAGGAAAUCUUGAGAUCAGAAACAUCUAAGGGGAUCCCAUUUGCAAGCGUCUUGACUAUCAUGUCCUACAGAUUCAUUGAUAUUUCUACCUCUUUAACCUUGGAUCCUUUAAUUGCUCGUUUGGAGAAAAUUGAACAACUUACACAAGAAUAUCAUUUGGAAAAAGCAGCAGGUUUCUUUCUUGCUCAAAUUCAAAAACGAAGAUUUGUGCGUCAGUUAUGGAUGAAGCGUGAUGAAGAUGAAGUUAAGAAAUUGGGUGUUACUAAUCCGAGUCAAUUUGAUUUUGGUGCAGCGACAAGCAACGGGAAUAAUAACCCCUUGAAUAGCCCCAUUAAUUACUUCAAUUUUGCACCAGAUAAAAAGAAAAGGUCGCCUCCAGUUCCUCGCAUUGUCAUUGAUAAUGCUUCUGCAAACACCGAGCUUUCAUCUCCCAUGUCAGCUGGAACAGCCAGUAUUCCAGUGUCUCCCAUGUCUACAUUUUCCAUGGACAAUCAAUACGACCCAAGUUAUUCUGGUGGAGGAUAUUCACUCAUGGUCGCCCCUGGCACCAACAGUAUGCCAUCAUCUCCCAACACCAUGACAGAGAUAGAGAGCACCGGCCGCAGUGCAUUCAGUGGUGCUUUGUCUCCUAUUUCUCCUUUUCCUGCUCUCAGCCCUGCUUCAAGACAAAAUUGGCUGCUUAUUGAUGGUAAUGUGGAGAUGCCAAAUGAGGUAUCUGAAGGAUUAAUGGAUUCAAUGAACCACAGUAUUUGGUCAGAUAUGUUACGAGAUGAGGAUUUGUAA